AUGGGGAAUAAAGCAAGCAAACGAAUUAAAGUGAUCACCGUUAAUGCCGCAGAAGCGAAACACAAGACGUUAGCGGAAGUAGUUCGUCUUGCGCCACCACUGAGUAUCAUAUUGGUCAAACAAGGCACUUACGACGAGUCGGAGAAGAUCCUCAUCGAUAAACCAAUUCAAAUUAUUGGAGUGACUGAAGGGAAGCAGAAACCAAUCAUAUCGUCAGCACGUGAGUGCAUUGAAAUUGACUGUCCAGACAAAGUGAUGAUCAAAGGAUUGGACCUCCGCAACAAUGAAUCGAAAGUAGUGUUAGACAUCAAACGAGGCGAGGCGUGUGUUGAUUCCUGUGAUAUCUCGAACGCAGAGGAUGGCGUUUCUGUCACACACUCUGCGAAGCUGAUGAUUACAAAUAGCCGGAUUUGGGGGUGUUCAAAGGCCGGUCUCCACUGCGGCGGAAAAGACACGCGUUGCAUUUCUCGGAACGUACAAAUCUUUGAGUGCAUGACUGGGGUUGCCAUUUUUAACGACGCAAAUCCACUCAUUUCUGUGUGCAACAUCACCCAAUGCGGAAUAGGUCUUUUUGUGAGCGAAAAGGGCCGUGGGUGUAUCACAGAUACUUUGAUAUCUGGCAACAAGAAGCCGGGGGUGUUGACACAUUCUGGGGGGAAUCCAGUCUUAAAUAACACGAAAAUACUCGACGGAUCAUCUAAUGGGGUAUUUGUUCGGUCAAAGGGGCGUGGUGUGUUUGUUGGGUGUGAGAUCUCGAAAAACAAUUUACCUGGCAUUGCGUCAUGUGAAGGUGGCGAGCCUCUUGUAGUUGGUGGGCAAAUUUGUGAAGGCCGAAAUGCGGGAGUGUUUGUGUAUGACAACGGCAAAGGGAUAUUUUCUGGGUGUCAAAUUAAAGACAAUAUGAUGCCUGGGAUAGAGGUGAGAGCGUCUGGGAAUCCGAUCGUCGUUGGAUGUGAAGUUUCGAGAGGACAAUCGAAUGGCAUAUAUGUGCAUAACAAAGGGACUGGACUCUUUGCUCAAACGAAAGUGAAUGAAAACACGCUUCCCGGUGUCGCUGUGAGGACAUCUGGUGAUCCGAUAUUGUGUGAUUGUGAAUUGGUUGCGGGGAAGGAUAACGCACUGUUUGUGAGUGAUAAAGGAAAAGGUGUUGUGUUGAAUACACUCGUUGAAGGGUGUUCAGCGCAGCCAAUGGUCAUUCAAGACGGACAACCACUUAUGGUUGGGUGUUCAGUGGUUGAUGGGAAGAAAAAUAAUGUCCAGGCGUGGAUCAAUAAUAUACCGGAGGGACUUGGAUUGCUAGAGGAAGACGUACCAGACUUCUCGCAGGUCUGA